AUGCGUUCGAUACUCGUGUUGGUGGCUCUGAUCGGAUGCAUUGCUGCGGGUGUAUAUAAAAUCCCAUUGAAAAGAAUCACUCCGCCGAUGAUAAAAAUGUUGAGAGCCGGUACUUGGGAAACGUACGUGGAAGGAAUGAGGAAGAGACAACUACAGUUACUGAAGGAACGCAAGGUUCAUAUCCAAGAUGUACUCGGCUAUGCUAACAUGGAGUACCUCGGCGAGAUUACUAUCGGAACUCCUCAACAGAAGUUUCUGGUGGUUUUGGACACUGGCUCCUCGAAUCUGUGGGUCCCUGAUGAUUCAUGCUACAAGGAGAAGAGACCUGAUAGAUGUCUAGUAUCAAACUGUGAUGCUGGACUGGUUUGUCAAGUCUUCUGUCCAGAUCCUAAAUGCUGUGAACAUACGAGAGAAUUCAAGCAAGUAAACGCAUGCAAAGAUAAACAUCGAUUUGAUCAAAAGAAUUCCAACACUUAUGUUAAAACAAACAAAACAUGGGCAAUAGCGUAUGGAACUGGAGAUGCGAGGGGAUUUUUUGGAAGAGAUACAGUCCGUUUGGGUGCUGAAGGAAAGGAUCAGCUCGUUAUUAAUGAUACGUGGUUCGGACAAGCAGAGCAUAUAGCUGAAUUUUUCAGUAAUACUUUCCUUGAUGGCAUUCUCGGACUCGCUUUUCAAGAACUGUCAGAAGGAGGCGUCGCUCCUCCAAUAAUUCGUGCCAUUGACCUUGGACUUCUCGAUCAACCAAUAUUUACUGUCUAUUUCGAAAAUGUCGGAGACAAAGAAGGUGUUUAUGGAGGUGCUUUCACCUGGGGUGGUCUCGAUCCCGAUCAUUGCGAAGAUGAGGUCACAUAUGAACAGCUAACCGAAGCAACUUACUGGCAGUUUAGACUUAAAGGAGUGUCGUCUAAGAACUUCUCGUCGACGGCUGGUUGGGAAGCAAUAUCCGACACUGGUACCUCCUUAAAUGGAGCCCCUAAGGGGAUACUAAGAAGUAUUGCAAGACAGUAUAAUGGACAGUACGUCGCAUCUCAAGGUCUCUACGUCGUCGACUGCAGUAAAAAUGUGACCGUUGACGUGACCAUUGGCGACAGAAACUACACUAUGACUGCGAAAAAUCUCGUACUUGAAAUACAGGCUGAUAUAUGUAUUAUGGCAUUUUUCGAAAUGGACAUGUUCAUUGGACCAGCAUGGAUUCUUGGCGACCCAUUUAUUCGAGAAUAUUGCAAUAUUCAUGACAUUGAAAAGAAGCGGAUUGGUUUUGCAGCUGUAAAACAUUGA